UUUUUUCUAAUUAACUAUUUUUAACAAUUUUUAAACUAAUAUAGUGCCCUCAUGAUUAUGAGGAAGGUAGAGGAUAUUGCGCACUACGAGGAAGUGACGAAUUCUGAAAUGUUCCCAACUUCCUACUAUCUACUUAUCUAGUAUCGACUUUAGACCACAAAUAAACAUGUAUAUAUAUAUAUACUUCUGUUCUAAAAAAUAUAUAUAAUUUUAUAAAUUAACCGAAAAAGGGAAUAGGAAUUCCUUACAUACCUCGACUGAACAAAGUUUCUCAAAUCAAACUACUCAUAAUUAGUUUCGUUCAACCCAUUUCCCGGAUGCAUUCGAUGCAUUCCGCUAGAUCGGAUUCAUAAUUCUCGAGAAUUGAAAACCGUUCUAAUGCUUAUGUAGCACAACACUAUUUGAAGCUAAUGAGGUAAUGUAUAUUCUAGAAACGGCGAAAGCUACUACCAAACGUUGAACAAGACCCAUAAACAACUUCUCUGAAACAACCCCAUUUGGCCAUCUCUAUAUUCUUCUACUGUCUAUUUAUAAAGUCUUUUUCGUUCUUACAAGUAUCAAAUGUCUGACCGAAUGUAAACCAUAGUUUUAAUUAAAUCCUCGGUAGACUUUAUUCUGCGAGAGAAACCAAGUCAUCAACGAGAAAAUAUAGAUAAUAAGCAAUAUUGGUCAUACAAGUUAGUUACAACCAUAUAUAUUAUAAGAUUUUAUCAUGGAAGAAGAAAAAGAAUGAGCGUUCUAACAAACUUUCGCUGAAACUUCAUGUAAAUCUUUAACUUAGAAUCAACUAACUCAUCAAUAUUUAAUAUAUAUUUCAAAGAAAGAGAAAACAUACAAAUUAAUCAAUUUCUCUUCAAUAAUUUUUGUGACACUCAAAGUUGAUGAAAGAUCACGUAGUGGUGUCGAUCACCUACGGACCAUCGUCGGAGGGUUCAGUGACGGCGUCGCCAAUCUCUCAUCAGGCCCCGUCAGUUCCGACGCCGUCUUCAUUGGCAUACUCCGUAACGCCGCCAGCAUCGAGGUUUAGCUCACGGCGAGCGUCGGCUCAUGUUUCCGGUUUGGUUCUCCGGUUUAUAACUUUAGUUCUAUGUUUUGUCGCUGCUCUUUCACUGGCAGUGAAUGUUCAUCGGCCUUCACAGAGACAUCGGUCUCAGAGCUCCUCGAGUUUCGCUUCAUAUCCUGAACUAUUGUAUUGCUUUGGCGUAGCAGUGACAGGACUCGUGUAUACAUCUCUACAAACAUUCAAAGGAGUUUGUGAUAUUACUCACAGAGGAAUUCUAAUCUCUGAGCCUCUCUCGGAUUACAUCAGUUUCAUUCUUGAUCAGGUUAUAUGUUAUCUACUAGUAUCAUCUUCUUCCUUGGCAAUUGCGUGGAUCCAACAUGCAAACAGCGAUUCGGUCAAAACACUUAGAAAUAAUUCCAUUGUUUCAGCUUCAAUGGCCUUCUCUGCUUUUUUGGUUUUGGCACUCUCGAGCCUCUUGUCUGGGUAUAAGCUUUGCAAGAGAUUUAUGUGGUAAUUAAGUCUUGUAAAGGAUUUUUAUAUUCAAAAUACUGUUUAAUCUAAAUAAGUAACAUAAUGACCAUGUUUAUUGCAAUAGUUACGUGUUAAUUUGCACAUGCAUGACCAUUUUAAUUUGUCUUCCUCGUACUUUUGUCAAAAUUGUCACUAAUUGGUAAAGGGUCCUUUAAUAUGCACAAAAGGGGGUUUUCAUACUGUGGCAAAAUCCAAGGCAGCUUCAGCAUCUCUUAUCUAACAAUCGAUACCAAGAGCAUGUGUCUUUGAGUCACCAACAACAUCUAAUACCCACCCUAAGUCGAUCAUCAUACCGGGACAAAGUCGAAAAAUAUUACAUUAUAUACUUGAAAACUGUAAUAGAGUAAUAAAUUACAAACCCUCUUACUUAUAUCAUGUUUAUAUGUCAAAAAAUGUUUUUGAACAACAUAGUAGUGUACCUAAGAAACUCUCAUUAGUGACGGGAAGAAGAGAAAGAACACAAAAUCUAGCUAUGAACAUAUGUUUUUAACAAAUCACACAUUCUACAGAUCCCCAAAGUCUGUCCAUCAUUCUUCGAUAUACAAUCGAUGUACAAAACGCACUCCAGACCCAAAAAGGAGCAUCCAAAAGCAGUUAAAUGGAUCCUCUGCUGUCUACGAGGCACAAUGAAAAGGUGUAUAUGUUUUGGCAAUGGAAAACUUGAGUUAAAAUGAUUACACGAAGCAGACUGCGCUGGUGAUAAAGAUUUAAGG